UGUGUGCCCAAUUAGUUCGUGACCCUCCGACCAGGUACAAGUAUCAUCUGGCACUGAUUGUCGUUGUGGACAAGGAGAACUACACCCACAUCGCGAUGCAGGCCCUGCUCUCCAGCGAGCGGACGGAGGACUUUGAAUUCCUUUUCCGGGAGUUCAGGUCACUGAUCGGGGGUGCGCAGCCAGAGGUGAUAUUCACUGAUAAUGACGCGGCUGCGAUGGCGGGAAUCGAGAAGGAGAGCCCGGCGUCGCGUGGCAAGGUGUGCGUGUUCCACAUGGACGAGAACUUGAGGAAGCAUGGCAAGGGUCUCGGAGAGGGCGUCCUUGCGGCGGUGAUCGGACUGUUUCACAAGGCGGCAUAUUCUCAAACCGAGGAGAUGUUCCUUCAGCGCAAAGAGGAACUCUUCAAGCUGUUAGAUCCGGGCCGCCACAUGUACACCUACAUUACUGAGUGCGUUUUCUCCCCCAAGUGGGUCCAGCGGUGGGCGAAGUACGUGCACCCUGGGCUCCCCACGCUCGGCAUUUCCUCCACGCAGCGAGUGGAAUCGACCAACGGCGCUUUGAAGCCGGCCAUGACGAGGACCGGGACUAUGGUCGACGUACACCGGGCCAUCAGCGGCAAAGUCAGCGACGACGUGAACAAAACGAAAACGCAAACCACCGGGGGGCCGAUCCAACGCGUCCGUGUCCCGACGCAGUCGUCCUUUGGGGAUGUGAGGGACAGCUGGCUCGCCGACUUUAAGUUCGUCCACGAUGGCAUGCUCCACGCGGGCUGCAGCGCGUUCGCAAUGAAGGACAUGUCCGACGAGGCGUUGGCGGCUGUUGGGUACAGCGCCGAGACCCUGGCGACGGGUAACGACGAUGUUCACCGCCUGCUGACCGACUUCGUGGCGAACCCGCCUCAGGCGGGGCUGCUGUACGAGACCGACGUAGGCGAUGUCACCCUCGCCACCCGGACCUCCAUCGAGUUCUUCGCGGAGUUGCUGAAGGACCAGGUUCUCGAUCGACUCGUGCGCGUCUCGCGAUCCUUUGGGGACCAAACCAAGUACUGCCAACUCGUCGCUCUUGGACCCGACGGCUUCUUCCUGUGCACGUGCUUGAGGAUCCUCGUGGACGGUCUCGGCUGCCGCCAUGCCCUCCGGGCUAUGCGCGGCACGGAUCUCGGCUUCACCGGAGCGUGUAUUGCACCCCGCUGGCGUGACGGCAUUAUGCCGUGGACGAUGGGACGGCUCGCCGCCAAGCCCGCGGUGGCGGCGACGACGGAUGCGGGGGGAGAGAUGCCGCCCCCACCUGCGGAUGCCAGCGCUUUCUCCCGCUUCUCCCACUCCAAAUCCACGGUGAGAGCUAGCGCGUGGGCCAGCUGCUGCGCCUGGGGCAAGGAGCUGGCAACCAUCACAGCACCGAUCGACAACGUCGCCGGCAUCACACGCAUCCUGGACAACCUCACCAUCCACGCGCGCCAGCUGGUCGACGUGGAAUUGAGGUCGCAACACAACGCGUCCACGACCCGGGUGUUCAAGGGAGUCGUUACCAGGUCUACGCCCGCCCCCGAUCCGCCGGAGGGAGGGGGAGUGGGAAUGACGCCGAGCGGGGAUUCUGGGAAACGGAAGCACGGAGCGACCGCCCGGGGGGGGGCAGGGGACGUGGCCGGGGCCGCUCGGCAGGGAGAGGUGGAAGAGGAGGGGCGGGCGCUGUUGUUCCAGCGGUGGGCGCUCCAAGCCCUGGCGGGGGGCUUCCGGCCUUGCAACAGGCGGCCGGGGCUAACGCCACCAGCGGGGGAGGGGGAGAGGGACGCGCUUGUGUCUCAGCCGGGGGGCGUCCGGCCGGUGCCAUCAGCGCGGGGGGGGGGGGCGUCGCCGUUCCAAUCCCUGAGUAACGCACCUCGUGGCGGGGUGAGGCAGGCUUUGCUAGGUCUCGCUUCCACGGCAUUCGACUCGGCAAGCUCCUGUGCGCCCGAGAAUUUCCAGCAAUCGAGACUGAACGGAGCAAUGUGGCAGAGCGUCAACCACGGCCAUCCUCUGCCUCCAGCGCCCGACCAGCUCGCUGUCCUCGAGGACGUGCAAGCGCCCCAGCGCCAGAAACACACGGGCCCGUCCAAGAGACGAACCUCCACGCGACAACGGGACGCUCGUGGGGGGGGACAGCAUGUAAUCCAAGGAGGUGCUGCAGGCGCGUGGGGGGGACAAGGAGGUGCCGCAGGCUCUUGGGGGUCGUAG